GGGAAAUUUUUCAGGUUUUUUUGGCUUUCUUCUUUUUCAGAAAUGAUAAGUUUUGACGAAGUCAGUGAGGCUGAUGAAGAAUUCUUUGGCAACGAGAAUGUUUCGGUGAGUGAAAAAAAUGCAGAAAGUGAAGAACAAGAACAACAAGAUCAAUUUGACGAGAAUCUAGAAGACUUUGAUUAUAAUGAAAUGGAAGAAUUAAAUGAUUUGGGAGAAGAAUUUUCUGAAGAUAAAGCAGAAGCUAGAGCUAAAAAAAAAGCAAGGAAAGCAGCAAAACGUUUAAAAAAGGAAGCAAAAAGAUUAAGACGUGAAAAAAGGCAUAAAAUAAAGUUAAAUAAAAAGAAUGCUUUUGAGGAAACUUUAAAUGAAGAAAAUAUAUCUAAUGAUGAUAUUGAUACUAAAAAAAGAGUAAAAACUUCAAAAUCAGAAGAAAUAAAAAGGCACAAAAGAAAGAAGGCAGAAAAGAAAAAGGAAAAACAUAUUAAACAUAAAAAAAGGAAGAGGAAACAUGUAACUGAAGAGUUGAAUGAAGAUUUAAGCAAGGAAGAAAUGGAGGAAGAAGAAGAAGGGAGGAUUGAAACAAAGAAGUUACGGUCUAAUUUUGAAUCGGAGUCUAGGGCUAGUCAUCACAGCGACCGUUCGUUUUCGCCACCACAUUCGCCAAGAACACGUUCUCCGACAAAAUCAACUGAAAGAAAUAGAUCACAAAGUUCACAUUCUAGAGCGAGUAGCAGCAGUAGUAAACGAUCAUCUUCGACUUUAAGUCAUUCAAAAGACACUAAACGUUCAUAUACAAGUGAAAGCAGUGAUGACGAGAAAAAAGAGAAAGCUCCGAAACUUCGUGAUUAUGGUCCGGAUGUUUCUUCUUGGCGGAUGUAUGAAAUUGAAAAAGAAAAAGCAGCUCAGGCAGCCAGUUCCUUUCCUUUAUCGUCUAGAGGCCGAAAUCCCAAUUUGGUAUCAACAUUACGGAAGCCAUAUGUACCUGGAGGUGGGCGCAAGGCACUCGCUUAUUUUAAAGCUGCAGCUCGUGGGAGGGGUCGUGGUAGAGGAACCUUCCUUCCUGGGAUGCGUGCACGAGGACGUGGUCGUGGAAGAGGACGUGGUAUUAUGCGUUUUUAUGGCCCAUUGCGCCCUAAAUCUGAUUAUCUCGACAGUAGUGGAAAAAUUGAUAGAAAAAAACUUUUGGAAAUUGCGACACAAAAUGCAACAAAACUUGCAAUGGAAGGAAAAUUACCAAAAGGUGAAGAAUUAUUGGAGGCAAUAAAAACAAAAUCAAUGGAACAAUUAGCUACAAUAUCUAAACAAAUGGAGGAUGAACAGCUUAAAGUUUCUUCAGCCCCUGUUCCAUUUGUUCGUUGGAUGAGUAGUACUUUUGCAUUAGCUUUGGAACAACAAAAUUCUAAUUCUUCUGCUCCAUUACUUCGACCAAAGAGAGGUUUUCUACCAUCAGAUAAUACAGCGCAUUUAAUGGAAAAAGUUAGUAGUAGUGAAGAUGAGGCUGACAAAGAGGAACUUUUUCAAAGGAGGCAUGAAAGUUGGAAACAACGAACAGAAAAAAGGGCAAAAGAACGGGAGGCUGAGGAAGCGGAGGAGGAUAGCGAAAAAUAUAUUGGUGUGACUAAAGGUGGACAACCGUUUAAACGAAGUGGACCAAUGCUUGGUUUUAGGGAUAUAAAGAUUAAAAUAACUCCUUCCCAAAGCGGGUUUUCUUCCACAACAAUUUCAUCAACUUCUACCCUCCCACCACCUCCACCACUGCCUUCUAUUCAAAAAUUGUUGCCUAACAUUACGGACAUUGGGUUAGAAUUUUUUAAAAUAUUUCUAAUAUACACUUACAGAUCAUCAUUUCCUUCAAGUUCUGAAUCAUACAUGGUUGGUUUCACUUCAAAAUCUUCAUCAAGCAUUUUUUCUGAUACUAUAACAGCACAAAGGUCUAAUUUACACAUUCCAACUCAAGAAUUUCAACAACAACAGAUAUUACAAAUUACUUCUCUAUUUAUGGAUAAACCGUCAACCACUUCUUCGGUCACUUCACUGGCAUCUAUGUUGGUACCUCCACCACCUAUUCCACCUUCAUUACCACCUGCGCCUAUACCACCAUUUUUGCUUGACAAAACGAAAAAGACUUUUGAACAAUUUUCAUCUUCCUCUCAUUCAGAAUCCUUGUCAGAUGUCUUUUGCACUCCACUACUUCCUCCCCCACCAGCACCGCCUCUUUUAAUGCCUAAAUAA